GAAGUGCACACAAGUCUGCUGCAUGCCAGAGUGACAUACUGUCACUGUCCUGGAGAACAAAUACAAUCGCAUACAUUCAUACACACACACCCACACAAUCACACACACACACACAAAGUGACGCUACUCUCUGCCUGCCUCCUCACACAUGCCCACACACACUUACACAAUCCCUGAGAGACACGGAGAAAAGCAGCGAGGACCGGAGGGAGAGGAGGAUUUUCUAUCUUUUAUGGUUUUGUCGACAUGUGACUGACCAGAGGUGACUGCGAGCGCUGAGCAGAGACGACAGUCUGGACACUGACACACGCCUCUCCCCCACGGUCACAGAUUCUUGGAUUAGUCUGCCUCACUGUAGAGUGUGGGAGUCGGGGAGCGGACCAACAUGGGAAACCAAGCAGGGAGACCGGAGGAAACGGAGUCAGGCGCACAGACAACCAAAAAGUCUGGAAUCCCUGCUCCUAGAGAAAUCCCCUCUUCUAUGACAAGAGAUCGGGUUUCUCUCAGAGAUCAACUAAGGAGUUCCUCUACUAAAAGAAUAGUUACCAGUUCCAGCACCUCCAGCCUCUCCACCCUGACAAAGCAAACCCGUAGCUCAACCAAGUCCCGUGCAGAUGCGGAGAGCCAAGAAAGAGGCCUCCUGGAGAGCCAGGUGAAAGAGCUUCUCGCUGAAGCUAAGGUGAAAGACUUGGAGAUCAGCAAUCUGAGAACAGAGUUGCAGCGCUGCAAGAGUAAAACCUCCCCUGCUUCAUCUUUACCCUCUCCCAGCUCUCCGACACACCAUGAGCAUGUUGAUGAUCGUGAGCAGGGCCAGGUGGCUGAAGCCCUUGUUCUGGUUGGGGAGCUUAGGGAGAAGAAUGGGAAGUUUCAGAGAGAGUUGGCAUCACUGAGAGAAGAGAACCAGGCCCUGAAGGAAAAGCUGCUCUGUUUGGAGGCUUUUCCUCUGUCUAAUAAAAAGCCAAGUUCCUCAUCCAUUACCUUGGUGAACGGUGUCCCUUCAGACAAUUCAGCUUCUCAAAAGGACAAACUCAUCUCCACUGCAAGCCCACUGAAAACCUCUGGAUCCUCCAGCUCCGACAUCACCAAGGAGACACCAUCGCCAGAUUCCUCAGAGUUCGAGAAGAUCCCAUCCCGCUCCGAAUCAGGGAGCAGCAGUGUCAGUGGAGAAGCAGUCACGGUGAACAGUUCAGGGGGCCAAGAUGUUUCAGUGCAAAGACUAACAGAACAGAUUCACAAGAUGGAGGAGAGCCAUCACAGCACAGCAGAGGAGCUGCAGGCAACGCUGCAGGAGCUGGCUGACCAGCAGCAGGUGGUGCAGGAGCUGACCGCUGAGAACGAGCGUCUCGCUGAGGAAAGGCGCUUUCUGCAGACGUCGCUUCAGCAGCAGCGAGAACGUCUGGAGGUCUUGUCCCAGAAGAAUGAAUCGCUUGCUCUCAGAAUUCAGGAGCAAGCUCAGGCUCAGACCCAGCGAGAGCAAGAGCUGGGGAGCCAAGGGCCUCGGCUGGCAGAGCUGGAGCAGAGGUACGCCGAGCUGGUGGAGAGCUCUCAGUUUGAACGAGAAAAGCUGGUGGACAUCCAGCAGCAACUGACAGGCAGCUUGAGGGCUUUGGAAGAGGAACACCAGGAGGCUCAAGGUCAAGUCCGCUGCCUCAAAGAGGAGAUAGACAGGUUGCAGGCCCAGCUUUACAAGGAGGUGGAAAGCUGUGGCCAAGCGUCACAAGCUGCCGAGGAACACAAAGCAACAGCAGAGUGUCUCAGGCUGGAAAACAGUAGGCUCAAGGCACAGGUGGAUAUUGAGAGACAAAAGGUUGGUGAGCUGAAGGCCAUGCAGAGUGCCAGUGACAGCACUGAGCUGCAGAACCUGCUGAAGACUGCCCACUAUGAGCGAGACAAGCUGGAGGAGCAGCUGACAGAGCUGAGGCAGGAGCUACUCAGGGCCCAGACGGAGGCCGAGAGCGUGCGAAGCACCGUGUCAAAGGUGGAGGCCACAUGCCAGCAGGUUCAGGAGAAGGCUGCGAAGAGGGAGCAGGAGCUGAGUGAGCGAGUAACGUCCCUGGAGGAAGCAGGAGUUCAAGCGGAGAACCAAGUGAAGGAAAUGAAGGAGACCAUCUUUGAGCUGGAGGACCAGGUGGAGCAGCAGAGGGCCGUCAAUUGUCACACCAACCAGGCUGUCCUGGACAUGGAAAAUCUGGUGAAAAAGCUUGAGGAGCAGAAGGCUGAAGCAGAGCGACAGCUAAAAGUGUUGAACAGACAGAUGAAGGAGGAAAGAGAUGAUUGGCGGCGUUUUCAGGCAGACCUCCAGACAGCAGUGGUGGUGGCCAACGACAUCAAAGUGGAAGCUCAGCAGGAGCUGCGCACUCUCAGGAGGCAGCUGCAGGAGGAGCAGGAUCGCAAUGCAAAGCUUUCUGCAGAUCUUCAGGCCAUGCAGGGAGUCAGGUCCCAAGGUGAUGAGGGGAGAGUGUUGGACUCUGACAGCGGCAGCAGCCAGUGGUGCGGCAUCUCCAUGAUCCCCACCACACCCGCCGACGCCAGCGACGGUGCCAGCUCAGAAGCCGGAGCUGCUGUCAAAUCCCUCAUUAAGUCCUUUGAUACUGUUGGACAGAAUGGACCAUGUCAUGCAGUUCAGAUGCCUUCCUCUCUCAGAAGCCCUCUGAGUGGGAUCCCUGUACGCACUGCACCAGCUGCAGCUGUCUCCCCCAUCCAGAGACACUCCUACAUAAAGCCACUAUCAAAGACACUGGAAAAAAGAAUAGAUCAUGGGGAGUUCUGUCAUCCUCGUGAUAAGUUGUCAAGCUUUGGCGAGGACCUGAAACCAAGCAGCCUUAUGAGGAAGAGCCCUUCUCUGGAGAGUGUAAUCAAAAGCCCCGUUUCCUUCAGCAGCCGCACUACAUCGUUCAGCUACAGUCGAGGAAGUAGUAAACUCUGUGUGGAAAGAACGGACCCCUUGGCUGCUCUGGCGCGGGAGUAUGGAGGAUCUAAGAGAAACGCUCUACUGAAGUGGUGCCAGAAGAAAACAGAGGGCUAUCCGAAUAUUGAUGUGACCAACUUCAGCAGCAGCUGGAGCGAUGGCCUGGCUUUUUGUGCCCUGCUACACACCUACCUGCCUGCUCACAUCCCUUACCAGGAGCUCAUCAGUCAAGAUAAGGUCCGGAAUCUGACCCUUGCCUUCCAGGCCGCCGAGAGCAUUGGCAUCAAACCAUCCCUGGACAUUGAGGAGCUGAAGAAGACCGACAGGCCCAACUGGCAGAGCGUCAUGCAGUACGUCUCCCAGAUCUACAAAUACUUUGAGACCUGACGCUUAAGGAAACCAGAGAUUAUCAGAGGGACAGGAAUGCUCUUCUGUCUCUGUGGACCAGUCUGGCCCAGGGCUGCAGCGUUUACGGCUCUCCUGUCUGGCAUUCUUCAACUGCCCUCGAGCUUUCUGAACUCAUCUCUACAGUCGGAAGUGAGACCGAAAUGGGAGAGCAAACACAGUCAGCAAAGAUCAUUUUCAUAAGAUGUGUUGGCUGAGUAUUUUAUUCACAGACAAACUACUUCUGGUCCAAGGUCAUUCUGAGAUUUUGUAGCAGUUAACAGUACAUUUGAGACUUGGUUCCAUUUUUUUCUAUCUUGCCCACCAAAAAAAAAAAAAAAUGCAAUUGAUGUCUUUCCUAAUCCACGACUCUGUGCUGUCAACAUGUUUCUGAGAGGAACUGCUGAAAUGACUCUUCUGUUUACAAAUCAAAUGCUUCUGACAAAAUGGCAGCUUUCUAAUCUUUUAUUCAUUACCGAAACACAACUCCAGGUAGUUUACCCCACUAAAGAGCUGCUGAUGACUUUUGUAGAGAUAUGUUGACUGGAACACAUUUAGCUCUAGGAUUUGCUUACUUCCAACAUAAAUAGACGUCUAACUGCAACCUGCCCAAUGCACAGGUUCUCCACGAUUUCCAUCAAAACUCCCUGAAGGAGUGCGGCACUGAAGCCGCUUUGCGAACUGUACACAUCUUUAUUCAGCUCUAUACGUUGAAUUAUGGACAAUGUGAGUUCAACACGUAACAAAGAACACUCCAGCUUUGUGUGGUACAAUUUUGACAAGCUUCCAUUUUGCAGAUGCCUGUUUUUUUGGACAAAUAAGCGUUAUAUUUAUUUAUUUCCAAGAGAUGCUUAAAGAAAAAUUGCGCAAUGGACAGGAGCAGAAGCCGUUCCCUGGUGACGGAUAUUAUGUCUCUUCUGUAGUUAUGGAUUAAUAAAGGAUUAUCAAGAAUUUAUCUUA